AUGGGACUUUUCUCCCGCAGUAAGGAUAAGGCACCCAAGGCGGUGAAGAGCAAGAAGCCGGCUCUCCACACAGCAGGGUCCAACGCCAGCCUGGGUUCUCAUUCCUCCAAGAGCAUUACAUCUCCCGAUGCUUCAACAGCACCAUACAACCGAAGUCUAUACCGCACAUCAGGAGGCACAAACAUGUCGAGUCCCGGAACCCCCAACACGCCGCUCACCCCGGUCCACAUACCAAAGAUCGACCUGCCCAAGCCGCCGGACCCAGCCCUUGACCCGGCCGGUUAUCUUCGCAGUUUGGGUGCCGUAAGGGAGCGAUGCAGCAUCGUCACCGAAAAGGCAUUUAAAAACCAACUGAACCAUUUCCAAGUGGACAUGCGAAAGUUCCCUGAUGUCGUGAGCUUUGUAUCCCAGAUCAUCAAGAGAGAUUACGACGCACCGUUUCACUCAAUCCCCGGCCAUGGCAGGCACCAGCACUUUUGCGUUGGCGGCCGCGACCGCAUCGCACAUCUCCUAUCUGCUUUCCCGGAGACGGUCGACAGCACGGAGAAGUGCAGGCGAAUGAUUGACUUGUUCCUCGUGAGCGUGCUCCUAGAUGCCGGUGCAGGACUCCAGUGGAGCUUCAAGAGUUCCGAGAAUGGCCGCGUCUACAAGCGGUCCGAGGGCUUGGCAAUUGCCAGCUUGGAAAUGUUCAAGCAGGGUCUGUUCUCCAGCUCCAAAGAGAACAAGUAUCAGGUUGACAAGGAUGGUCUUGCCACCUUGACGGUUGAGAAGCUGGCCAAGGGCUUGCAGUCUGAGCCGGGCAAUGAGCUCGCUGGCCUAGAGGGAAGGACGAAUCUGCUUCUCCGUCUAGGCAAGGCACUGUCAGAGUCGACGGAAUUCUGGGGUGAGGAUGGCAGGCCGGGCAACAUGGUCGACCACUUGCUCGCCCACCCGAGCACGCAAGCGUCAAGCAUGCCUAUUGUGCCCCUGCCCACACUUUGGAACGUCCUCAUGUCAGGCCUUGCAUCAAUCUGGCCCGAGAGCCGAACCGCCAUAAACGGUGUCAGCCUGGGCGAUGCAUGGCCAUGUUCUUCAAUGCCACAGCCACAAACAAGUGGCUCAUCCUCGCCUCCCAGCAACAGCCCAACAUCCUCGAAGCCGACUUUUAGUCCCUUCCCUGGAGGCCGCAGCUCGGGUGGCUCAAAUAAGUCCUCUUCUCCCAAGAGCUCGGGCCGCGUAGAGCCAUGGGAAGGCAUCCUGCCGUUCCACAAGCUCACUCAGUGGCUCACCUACUCGUUGAUGCAGCCCAUGCAGUCGCUUCUGCGUAUCCAUUUUGCCGGCACGGAGCUGCUCACUGGCCUACCGGAAUACCGCAACGGAGGACUGUUCGUCGACCUUGGCGUUUUGACGCUGAACAAGGAGGACGCCGAGCGUGGACUGCAGCACUACAAUGAAUACUGCGAAAGGACGGGCACAAAGCCUGUAGAGGUCGCGCCCAUGUUUGAGCCCAGCGACGAUGUCAUCGUCGAGUGGCGCGGAGUCACAGUCGGGCUGCUCGACAAACUUUGUGUAGACGUCAACGCCUUCCUGAGCAAGGAGCUUGCAGGAAAUGAGCUGACUCUCGCGCAACUGCUUGAGGCUGGAAGCUGGAAGGGUGGUCGCGAGAUUGCCGAAGUCAGCAGGCCCAACACCAAGGAACCUCCCAUUCUGAUCGACAGUGAUGGAACCGUCUUCUAA